AUGGACCCUCCCAUACAACAUGCCCUACCAAGGAUCACAUGCCCCCCUCGAACCUACCUGCAACCAGGAUGGAUGUUUUGGGAUCAGACAGGAUGUCUUGCACAUACGCUGCCUGGAGUCCAGUUCCAGACUUGUGCAUUCCUGAUCAAUUCAACACAGCCCUGGUCACAGCACUGGAGAUGGCGUGAAAUACUCUCUAUGUGCCCGAUGAAGGGAUCCCAUGGGUGCUGA